AGGGUUCGACACAGUCUUUCGAUCACCAGACGGGAAUGUUUGUCGAUGCAACAGCAUUAGAGGAAUAAGUAUCGAAGGACUACUACUCUCUACUGGCCAUAAAAAUUCCAACCAUGAGCUCGUCCGACAGCAGUUUCUCACCUCCGCGCGACAAAAGCGCGCAGAAGAAGAAGAAGGCCGCUGCCAGCUCGUCUUCGGACUCCUCCUCGGGGUCCUCUGGGUCUGAUACCGGCUCCCCGUCGACCCGAAAUAAAAACUCUCCAGCACCAAAAAGUGCAGCCAAGCUGACCGCACUUCCACUGGGGAAGAUAAGUCGGCGCGGGUCCACGUCGCCCUCUAGUCGGAAGACCACGGAAAGGAAAGUAUCCAUUAGCGAGCGGACGCAGGAGCUGAAUUACAGUCGCAGAACCCCGAUAGAGACAGCGGCGCAGCAAGGCAGCACGGGAAUAAACAAGAAGGUUGCGUCGAGCGCGCGAAGCAGUGUAGCAAAGAAAUCGGGCGUCACUUCUUCUUCGAGCGACGAUGAUAGCGCUUCCAAAAGUCGCCCGACCACGGUUCGGCGGUCGAGUCCCGGGGGGAAAUCUAGUGCGAGAAAAAGUGAGGGUGCAGCCGGGCAGAAGUCACAGAAGUCGUCCUAUCGCAGCGGCAAAACGGUGCUGGACAACUGGGAUAGUAAAAACAAAGAAAGUUACAGCAGGCCAAGUUCCCGAGGAGCGAAGGCUGCAUCACCGCCGAAACUGACGACAAGUGCGCGCAAAUCUUCCGGUGGUGGUGGGAAAAGCACGAAUAAUUAUAACCUCGCGGAUAAAGAGAGUCCGAAGCGCGAGGCGGCACAGCUUUCGCCCAAGAUGAGUCGGCGGACAAGGCCAGCGACGCAUCGCUCGUCGCCUCCGGGAACGCCGCCACCGCAGGGCGAUAGCACGGACAACACGGAUUUGGUGCAGGUUGUGGAAAAAACGAGCUCUGCAGGGACAAGAAUCCGUGCAAGCGGAGGCGCGAGUGUAGCUCUGGCGGUGCCAGACGUGGACGAGAAUGUGCUAGAGUUGCCGGCUGUGAACCUUGACACCAAAGCUGCUGCAUUGCGCGCUAAACUGGAGGAUUCGGAGUUUGUGGAAAAAUUUCGGGGCGCAAUAGGAAAGUGCGCGAAAGAACGAAUCGUGCCUGCUGGUAAGAGUGCUUUAGGUUACCCGAGCCUUUGGCUUUGCGAUGCCUUUUGUUAUCUCAAUCUUUUCUAAAUUUACCUUGUGAUUACAAAUUCUGUCCAUUCCCAACAAUAUCAGGUCCAACGAUCGCGGCCAUCCUUCGGGGCAGAACCGCGUCCACCGCAGACGGCGAGAGCUCCCCCGCAGCGAAGUCUGGCCCAGUUCGUGACUACCUUGCACGACAUGUGUUUCCAUUCCUAGAGGACGCAUUGGUCGAGGCACUGGUGCAGGAGGGGACUGGCGAUUUCGGCGAAGCCCUCGCUGAAAAAGUCCUAGCGCACGGCGGCACGAACGUCGAACUCCUGUCACAGCGCCAUUCGACAAGCAGCCCAGGGGGUGAAGUGAGUAGCACGUGAGCAGGUGGGUGUUCGUAUCACUAAAAACAGUUUCAGAAUGAUUAGUUUGCAACACCUCGACAUCGCGUAUCAAGGAUCAGGUUGCUUUGAAUGCUCGCGGAAUGAACGCAAACGCAAUUUUCCGAUUUCAAGAAUGCCCCAGAGUUCGUAAAUUAAUAGAAAAAAGGACGGGGCAUGUUGCCGCGAGAAAACAUGUUUUCAAGAAGUACGAUGUGUCUUGAACAAAUUUUAUCGGUUCAAGUCUGUCAGUGAAGCAAGUCAGAUGAGCCAGGCUGCGUGCUUGACGACGGUGAGCGGAAGAGCGGGAAAAAGUUGCACCACUGCAU